GGGCGCUGUAUAUGUCGAUGUAAAAAAAGGAAUCUUCUAAAUUUUUGCUCAUAACACAUCACAAAAAUGGGGAAAUCUUUCGCCAAUUUCAUGUGUAAAAAGUUCUUCCAUCCUUCUUCGUUUGCUAAUAUAAAAAGGGUUUGGCUAGCUGAGCAGCGGGUCGCUGAAGAGACGCAGAAACAGGAUGAGCUUCGAGCUGAAUAUGAACGUGACCAAGAUCACUACAACAACAGGCAGUUGAUGGGAGAUGAGAGAGUUAAGAAUGGCCUAACCUUCAUCUACGAGGCACCCAAGGCCUACCAGACGGAGCCUAGCGACCAAGGAAAGCUGGAAUGGAAGAGAGAUACACCCAUGGAAGCUGAGCCUCCGACCAUACUCCCUGGACUAAGCCAAGACACCGGGGCCGCUGUCAGGAAGGUCCGUUGUGUUAAGUGUCACGAGAUGGGGCACAUCAACACAGACAAAGAGUGUCCAAGGUAUGAAGCAUCCGGAGAUGAAGAAACCAAAGCCGAGACUGUCCAUCAGGACCAACUCGUCGCAGAGAUGCGGCGUGAUGGCUACGCUUUCAAACAGAACGUCCUCGGUCGCAGCAUACAAGACGAAACAUACAAUAAGCAUCUUGUUGCAGAGGAGGAUUCUGAUGACGGCCCACCCCCAGAGGAGGCCUUCUUGAAAUCCCUCACCAAGAAACAGAAGAAGAAACUCCUCAAAAAACUGAACCGCUUAGAGAAUAAACACUCUGGAUCUGUACACAAAAAAAAGAAGAGCAAGAAACUGCGACGACGAAGCGACAGUUCGUCAGACGAAGAGCCCAGAAAGAAAAAACAGAAAUCCAAGAAGCACAAGAGAGUCGAUUCCAGCAGUGAAGACUCGUCAAGUGAUGAGAGCUCAGAUGGAAGACGUCGGAAGCAGUCGAGAACAAGACGACGUAGCAGCACCCCUGAGCGUUAUGAAAGCAGACAAGGCAGCGAGAAGAGUAGACGAGAUGACGAGAAGAGAUCCGUUAAGAAGGAGGAUGAGCGAAGGAGCCAUUCCAGUCAGAAGCACAGCGAUCACAGGCAGGCUGUAAAACAAGAACUGAGAGGUCCCGUCCGGGAUGAUGAUAAUGGCUACAGGAGAGGAAGCCAUCAGCAGAGAAGGGACGAUGAAGAUGCAGGGAUGCGCCACAGUCAAAUGCGAGUCAAGAAGGAGCCGCAGAACAGCUCUAAAGGUGAUACUUCAAGAGAGAAAUCCGUUAGAGAGCGUAGUCAAAAGAAAUCAAGUAGACGACACGGUAGCAGCUCAUCAGAUUCCGACAGCGAUUCUGGGACUGAGAAACCAAGCAGGGGCAGAAAUACCAAGAAGCACAGAGGAGACUCGAGUGAUGAUGAUAGAAGAAGGGUCCAUCAAGAUCGUGAUCAUCGUAGGGAGGAUUCUCAUGGGGGUAGACGUGAUGAGGAAUACAGUAGCCAGAGCUCAUCAAAACGUAGACGUCAUGAUACCAGAGACGAACCAAGGAUCAAAGCAGAGAGAAGCAGUCGAGAUGAUCGGGGAGAUGGGGAUAGAGGAGGGCAACGUGUGAAGGAAUAUAGAGACAGACGAUAGAAGGGAGCGGUGAUGGAUUGUACUUGUACAUUUUGUUGGUUAACGUUUGAGUGAUAAGGAGGUUGCUGUUAAUUAGGGAUUUUAGCCUCGUAGUAAAGAGGGGUGUGUUGAGAAACCCCAUGCCAACAUUAUGCAUAAAAUAUCAAACCUGUGAAAAUUUGAGCUCAAUUGGUCGUUGAAGUUGCGAGAUAACUAU